AUGCUGGAGAUGGAGAUGGCGCCGCGGCGUGCUGGGGGAGGACAGGUUUCAACCAAGGACACGCUUGACGUCCAAGUGCUGCACGGACUUGACAGCUUCCUGGCCACGGAGCGCUUUCUUUGCAAGCUUGAGCAGGCGCGGGCAGAGUGGAUCGACCUGUCUGAUGCGGCCCACGCAGCUGCGGGCUGCGCGCACGCCUCGGGCGCGGCGCCCCUGCCGCCGUCUGCUGCGCACGCACACGCGCACGCGCCGUUCGAGGCCAGCAGCAGCGCUGUGCUCGUUCACGAGGCGGACGCGCAGUCGUCGGCGGCGCAGCCAGCCGGCCACAGCGCCUGGGCGCAGCGCGGCGGCGCAGCGGCGGGCGACCAUGCUGCAGGCGCGGAGCUUUCAGAAUCCGAGCGAGCAGCGGCAGCGGCGGCCGCGGCGGCGGUCGGGGACUUUGUGGUGAUCAAUAAAGACGACGCGGUGGAGGCAAUGGCGUAUUACAUAGCCAUGUACAUCAGCCGCCUGCCCGAGGCGCAGCGCAUGGGGCCCAAGGAGCUGCAGUCAGCGCUCAAAGAGGCGUUCACGAUCCUCAAGCGGAGCAAGUGGCGCCUGGUGUGGAGCUGGGGCCGCCUGCUCUACCGCAGCGCCGCGGUCAGCUUCUCCGCGCUACAGCUGUACAACAACCCGUGGCUGCUGCGCGCCGUGCUGAGCGCGCUGUGGUCGUCGUCCCGCCUGCUGUACGCCCAGAUGGUGUGA